CAUGCUAUUCUGACUGAAGUCUCAUUUUCAGAGUGAGCCUCAGGGAUUUGGUUUUGCCUCUAGCUUGGCAGAAGUAAGCCUUCCUUCACUCAAAGCCUCAGGGAACCAAGGGCUACCCCCACCCUCUCUGGCUGCCCCAUAGUUCUGUCUCCAAUUAGCACAUCCAAGAGCUCUGACCAGUCUUUGGACACCUGCUAUGUGAAUGAAGGAUACAUCUGAGAACGAGUGAGGAGAAGACCCAGCAGCCCCUGAUUUCAUCUCCAAGGAGAGACAGAGACAAGGACAAUGGUGGAUCUUCCAGGAUAUAGUCUGUCGAGUAUGAUUGCCUCCUUCUUAUUCAUCCUGCUGACAAUGAAGAAAUCAGAUGACUUUAGAGUGAUUGGUCCUGCAUAUCCUAUCCUGGCCAGGGUUGGGGAAGAUGCCUUACUAACCUGUCAGCUCUUCCCCAAGAGGACUGCAAUGCACAUGGAGGUGAGGUGGUACCGCUCAGAGCCUGGCACACCUGUGAUUGCACACUGGGAUGGAGUUGAGGUCACCCAGAUGCAGGUGGAGGAGUACAGAGACCGGAUAGAGUGGAUAGAUGACAACAUUGCCAAGGGAAAUGUGACUCUGAAGAUACACAACCUCCAGCCAUCUGAUAAUGGGCAAUACUGGUGCCAUUUCCAGGAGGGGAACUAUCAUGAAGAGACAAGCUUGCUGCUCAAAGUAGCAAAUGUGGGGUCUGCCCCUAACAUCCACAUGGAAGGACCCAGGGAAGGUGAGGUCCAGCUUGUGUGCACUGCAAAGGGCUGGUUCCCAGAGCCCCAGGUCUAUUGGGAAGACAUCACAGGACAGAGGUUGCUGACUGUCUCCGAGCAUCACAUCCAAGAUGAAGAGGGCCUGUUCUACGUGGAAGACACCCUUGUGAUCAGGAAUAUGUCUGUAGAAACUGUGUCUUGCUUCAUCUACAACCCUGUCCUCACAGAGGUCAAGGGGGCAGUCAUUGCCCUCCCAGAGAAACUCCAGAGUGAGCUGGCAUCUUUAAAAGUGAUUGGACCUUCUGAGCCCAUCAUUGUCAGAGUGGGAGAAGACAUACAAUUGACCUGUUCCCUGUUCCCCAAGACUAAUGCACAGAGCAUGGAGGUGAGGUGGGUCCAAGCCCACCAUUAUCCUGCAGUUUAUGUGUAUAUGAAUGGGGACCAUGUGGCUCGAGAGCAGAUGGUAGACUACAGAGGGAGGACUACACUGGUGACUGAUGCCAUCCACGAGGGGAGACUGACCCUGCAGAUACACAAUGCCACAACUUCAGAUGAAGGGCAGUACCAGUGCCUUUUUGAAAAAGAUGGUGUCUACCAGAAAGCCAGUUUGGAUCUGAAGGUGGUAGCUGUGGGUUCUUCCCCGAGGAUCACCAUGGAGGUGCUGACAGAUGGAGAGGUACAGCUGAUGUGCACUGCAAGUGGGUGGUUCCCACCACCCCACAUGCAAUGGAGGGACAUGGAAGGAAAGACAAUACCAUCAGCUUCUGAGAUCCUGCAUUCAGACAGCCAUGGGCUGUUCCAUGUGGAGACAUUGCUAUUGAUCACUAACAGCUCAUUGGCAAAUGUGACUUGUUCCAUCAGCAACCUCCCUCUGGGUGAGGAGAAAACAGCGGCUUUUACUCUCUCAGAGUCCAGGAUGACAUUUUCAUGGGCAAUACUACCUGUUUUGGGAUUGCUUCUUGCCAUGGCCAUAGGCAUAAUCUGGAGGAAGAACUAAAAGAAAGAUUGAAUAUGACCCUUGAUCCUAAUACAACUCACUCGAAACUGAGUCUUUCUGAGGAACACAAGGAUAUGACCCAGGAUCAUUCAUGCAGCUAGACAUCCCACAGAGAUCUGACUCUCUGCUCUACCUGCUGAACCAUGAAUGGCUCACAUCCAUAAGGUGGUAUUGAGAGGAAGGGGUCAGGUGAUGGGUCCCUGGUAUCAAGGACAAUGUCUUGAGGAAAAGUCGUCAUUGUGUCACAGUCAUCAUUGUGUCACCUGACAUUCCACUACCCAGAAAUUCUUAUCUGGACUUUCUAUAAGCCACUCCUUUCUCCUGGUGUAUCUUAACAAACACCCAGAGACCACCUAGUUUCAGUCUUUCUUCUGUCCCUAUACUUACUUUUAUCUCCCAAUAAUGUUUCUCUGGAGUAAACAAAUUCUGACCAUCAUGGGUUUUGGGCAAUAGUUGCUAUGUAAAUGUGUACUGGGCCAUCACCUCUCCUCCUCCAAACCUUCUCCUCCUGAGGUGGCCCCUGGGUGGUCAGAGUCUCCCUGACUGUGCCUCUAGACAUCUUUCUUUUGUAACAUGAUCAACAAGAGCCCACUCUACACCUUUCCCCAAACUUUCUUCUCUGGAAUUCUGCACCCACUCUUCAUCCUGUGUCCCCUGAUAUAGGUUCUCUGUAUAUUUGCACCCAGAAGGACCCCUUCAACAUCUCCAAGGGAAACAACAAUCUUGAAUUCUGGAAAACAGGAUGAUAACGAGAGUCCUGGAACUGUCCUCCUUUUACCAACUGCUGGAAGGGGGCUCUUGUCACCAUUGAUCCCAUCAGAGGCCUGUCUUAGUCCAAGUUCUGUGAUAUUCUAACUCCUGAUUACAUUCUGAUAUCAUAUGACCAAAUCCUUACAAAAUCCAAUAGGAAAUGCAAUUUAGCACAUAGAAGGAAAUGAAAGCAAUCAAGAAAUAUCCGAUCAGUUAUUUUAAGGUGGUGGCAAUUAAAUUGAUCAUGUAAGUGAAGCUGAGAAAACAAAAAAUACAGUUAAAGAACACUGAGAGAAAACAGCUGUAUAUAAAGAGAAAAAUAUGAUCACUAAGAUAUAAUCUUAAAAUUAUAAUGUGCUGUAUUAUGAAAUCUCUACUGCAGAUUUUUUCCAAAAGUUAAGAGAGAACGAGGAGUAAGGAAAAUUUUUAGAAAUACCAAUCCAAGAGAAAAAUUAAUUAUGUAUCAUGUGUAUGACAAAAUCAUUUUAAUUUUUAAAGCAAAUUAAAGUGCACAAUUUAAAAUUAAUAAUUAUAAAUGUAAGCAAUAAAUGAAACAAGUAGUAAACAGUAAAGUGAUAAUAAGUUAAAGAAGAGAAACUUUAUAUGGAAGAAGAAAGAAUGGUUGUUUUUUAAAAAAGAUUUUUAAGAAAGAGUCUUAACAGUUAAAUUAGAGAACAUUGACAAUGAUGAAGGUGAUGGGUUGGGGUGGCCUACUUUCCAGUAUAUGUUCCUUCAAAGUACUGUAUGAGAUUAAAUAUUACACUAUAUAAAAUGUAGUUAUAAAUUGUUUUGUUACAUCUUUUAAAAAAGAGUCUUAAAGUCUCAUGAAGUGAGAAUGAGGGAUAUCUGACAAUGACACUGCUGCUUUCCAGGAUGCAAACAUCACAAAGUUGUCACUGUCCUUUGAGGAUCAUUCAUUCAUCUACAGCAUUCUGGAGGCUAUCUUUUGGGUCAUAACAUUUUCUUUCUGUUUCUAAACUCAUAAGCUCAUGUUUGAAAUUGGUAGUCUCUCAAGUAUUUACAA